CAGGGGUUACAAAGGGUUACUAGGGGUUACAAGGGGGUUACAGGGGUUACAAGGGGUUACAAGGGGUUACAGGGGGUUACAAGGGGGUGACAGGGGUGACAAAGGGGUGACAGGGGUUACAAAGGAUUAUACAAACUUUUUCUAACUAGAACGUUCCCAGAUACUUUUUCCUUGGUCUAUUUUUUGCAUAAAAAUCAAAGUUGAAGAAAUCUCAAAAUUUUGACCAAAACAAUGGACUAACCCUUUGCAAAAUUCUCAUUUUCCGUUUUUCAUAAACAGUUGUUUUUAUAGUCUAUAAAGGCUUCUUUUUUUAUCUAGAACGUCAGCAAACACUUUUUCUCGAUCUAUUUUUGAUAAACACAAAAUAUGAAAAAACUUCAACUUUUUCACCAAAAUCAUGGACUAUCCCCUUUGCAAAAAUCUCAAUUUGCCUUCUUUUUUAAAUGCCAUGUUUAUAUUGUCUAGAAAGGCUUGUUUUCUAACGAGAACGUCACCAAAUACUUUUUCUGGGUUUAUUUUGCAUAACACGAAACGUUCAAAAAAUUUCCAGUUUUUGACCAAAACCAUGGACUAACCCCUUUUGAAAAAUGCUAAUUUUGUGGUUUUUUGAAACCGAUGUUUUCGUUGUUCAGAAAGGCUUUUUUUGCUAUAUAAAACGUCGAAAAUCGUUUUUUCACCAUUUAUUGUCGCGAUCUAUGACAUCGGAAUACAGGGGGUUAUAAGGGGUUACUAGGGGUUACAAAGGGGUUACAGGGGUUACAACGGGUUACAAGGGGUUACAGGGGGGUUACAAAGGGUGACAGGGGGUGACAAGGGCACAGGGGUUACAAAGGAUUAUACAAACUUUUUCUAACUAGAACGUUCCCAGAUACUUUUUCUUGGUCUAUUUUGGAUAAAAAUCAAAGUUGAAGAAAUUCAAAAUUUUGACCAAAACAAUGGACUAACCCUUUGCAAAAAUUCUCAUUUUCCGUUUUUCAUAAACAGUUGUUUUAUAGUCUUUAAAGGCUUCUUUUUAUCUAGAACGUCAGCAAACACUUUUUCUCGAUCUAUUGUUGAUAAACACAAAACAUGAAAAAACUUCAACUUUUUCACCAAAAUCAUGGACUAUCCCCUUUGCAAAAAUCUCAAUUUUGCCUUCUUUUUAAAUCCAUCUUUAUAUUGGCUAGAAAGGCUUGUUUUCUAACGAGAACGUCAGCAAAUACUUUUUCUGGGUUUAUUUUGCAUAACACGAAACGUUCAAAAAAUUUCCAAUUUUUGACCAAAACCAUGGACUAACCGCUUUGGAAAAAUGCUAAUUUUGCGAGUUUUUCAAACCGAUGUUUUCGUUGUUCAGAAAGGCUUGUUUGCUAUAUAAAACGUCGAAAAUCGUUUUUUCACCAUUUAUUGUCGCAAUCUAUGACAUGGGAAUACAGGGGGUUACCAAGGGUUACUAGGGGUUACAAGGGGUUACAGGGGGUUACAAGGGGUUACAAUGGGUUACAGGGGGUUACAAGGGGUGGCAGGGGGUGACAAGGGCUGACAGGGGGUUACAAAGGAUUAUAAAAAUUUUUUUCUAACUAGAAAGUUCCCAGAUACUUUUUCUUGGUCUAUUUUGCAUAAAAAUCAAAGUUGAAGAAAUCUCAAAAUUUUGACCAAAACAAUGGACUAACCCCUUUGCAAAAAUUCUCUUAUUCCGUUUUUCAUAAACAGUUGUUUUUAUAGUCUAUAAAGGCUUCUUUUUUAUCUAGAACGUCAGCAAACACUUUUUCUCGAUCUAUUUUUGAUAAACACAAAACAUGAAAAAACCUCAACUUUUUCCCCAAAAUCAUGGACUAUCCCCUUUGCAAAAAUGUCAAAUUUGCCUUCUUUUUAAAACCAAAAUUAUAUUGUCUAGAAAGGUUUGUUUUCUAACGAGAACGUCACCAAAUACUUUUUCUGGGUUUAUUUUGCAUAACACGAAACGUUCAAAAAAUUUCCAAUUUUUCACCAAAACCAUGGACUAACCCCUUUGGAAAAAUGCUAAUUUUGCGAGUUUUUGAAACCGAUGUUUUCGUUGUUCAGAAAGGCUUGUUUGCUAUAUAAAACGUCGAAAAUCGUUUCUUCACUAUUUAUUGUCGCGAUCUAUGACAUAGGAAUACAGGGGCUUACAAGGGGUUACUAGGGGUUACAAGGGUUACAGGGGGUUACAAGGGGUGACAGGGGGUGACAAGGGGUGACAGGCGGUUACAAAGGAUUAUACAAACUUUUUCUAACUAGAACGUUCCCAGAUACUUUUUCUUGGUCUAUUUUGCAUAAAAAUCAAAGUUGAAGAAAUCUCAAAAUUUUGACCAAAACAAUGGACUAACCACUUUGCAAAAAUUCUCAUUUUCCGUCUUUCAUAAACAGUUGUUUUUAUAGUCUUUAAACGUUUUUUUUUAUCUAGAACGUCAGCAAACACUUUUUCUCGAUCUAUUGUUGAUAAACACAAAACAUGAAAAAACUUCAACUUUUUCACCAAAAUCAUGGACUAUCCCCUUUGCAAAAAUCUCAACUUUGACUUCUUUUUAAAUGCAUGUUUAUAUUGUCUAGAAAGGCUUGUUUUCUAACGAGAACGUCACCAAAUACUUUUUCUGGGUUUAUUUUGCAUAACACGAAACGUUCAAAAAAUUUCCAAUUUUUGACCAAAACCAUGGACUAACCCCUUUAUAAAAAUGCUAAUUUUGUGGUUUUUGGAAACCGAUGUUUUCGUUGUUCAGAAAGGCUUGUUUGCUACAUAAAAAGUCGCAAAUCGUUUUUUGACCAUUUACUGUCGCGAUCUAUGACAUAGGAAUACAGGGGGUUACUAGGGGUUACAAGGGGUUACAGAUGGUUACAAGGGGUUACAAGGGGUUACAGGGGGUUACAAGGGGUGACAGGGGGCGACAAGGGAUUAUACAAACUUUUUUCUAACUAAAACCUUCCCAGAUACUUUUUCUUGGUCUAUUUUGCAUAAAAAUCAAAGUUGAAGAAUUCUCAAAAUUUUGACCAAAACAAUGGACUAACCACUUUGCAAAAAUUCUCAUUUUCCGUUUUUCAUGAACAGUUGUUUUUAUAGUCUUUAAAGGCUUCUUUUUUAUCUACAACGUCAGCAAACACUUUUUCUCGAUCUAUUGUUAAUAAACACAAAACAUGAAAAAACUUCAACUUUUUCACCAAAAUCAUGGACUAUCCCCUUUGCAAAAAUCUCAAUUUUGCCUUCUUUUUAAAUCCAUCUUUAUAUUGGCUAGAAAGGCUUGUUUUCUAACGAGAACGUCAGCAAAUACUUUUUCUGGGUUUAUUUUGCAUAACACGAAACGUUCAAAAAAUUUCCAAUUUUUGACCAAAACCAUGGACUAACCGCUUUGGAAAAAUGCUAAUUUUGCGAGUUUUUCAAACCGAUGUUUUCGUUGUUCAGAAAGGCUUGUUUGCUAUAUAAAACGUCGAAAAUCGUUUUUUCACCAUUUAUUGUCGCAAUCUAUGACAUGGGAAUACAGGGGGUUACCAAGGGUUACUAGGGGUUACAAGGGGUUACAGGGGGUUACAAGGGGUUACAAUGGGUUACAGGGGGUUACAAGGGGUGACAGGGGGUGACAAGGGCUGACAGGGGGUUACAAAGGAUUAUAAAAAUUUUUUUCUAACUAGAAAGUUCCCAGAUACUUUUUCUUGGUCUAUUUUGCAUAAAAAUCAAAGUUGAAGAAUUCUCAAAAUUUUGACCAAAACAAUGGACUAACCCCUUUGCAAAAAUUCUCUUAUUCCGUUUUUCAUAAACAGUUGUUUUUAUAGUCUAUAAAGGCUUCUUUUUUAUCUAGAACGUCAGCAAACACUUUUUCUCGAUCUAUUUUUGAUAAACACAAAACAUGAAAAAACCUCAACUUUUUCCCCAAAAUCAUGGACUAUCCCCUUUGCAAAAAUGUCAAAUUUGCCUUCUUUUUAAAACCAAAAUUAUAUUGUCUAGAAAGGUUUGUUUUCUAACGAGAACGUCACCAAAUACUUUUUCUGGGUUUAUUUUGCAUAACACGAAACGUUCAAAAAAUUUCCAAUUUUUCACCAAAACCAUGGACUAACCCCUUUGGAAAAAUGCUAAUUUUGCGAGUUUUUGAAACCGAUGUUUUCGUUGUUCAGAAAGGCUUGUUUGCUAUAUAAAACGUCGAAAAUCGUUUCUUCACUAUUUAUUGUCGCGAUCUAUGACAUAGGAAUACAGGGGCUUACAAGGGGUUACUAGGGGUUACAAGGGUUACAGGGGGUUACAAGGGGUGCCAGGGGGUGACAAGGUCUGACAGGCGGUUACAAAGGAUUAUACAAACUUUUUUCUAACUAGAACGUUCCCAGAUACUUUUUCUUGGUCUAUUUUGCAUAAAAAUCAAAGUUGAAGAAAUCUCAAAAUUUUGACCAAAACAAUGGACUAACCACUUUGCAAAAAUUCUCAUUUUUCGUCUUUCAUAAACAGUUGUUUUUAUAGUCUUUAAACGCUUCUUUUUUAUCUAGAACGUCAGCAAACACUUUUUCUCGAUCUAUUGUUGAUAAACACAAAACAUGAAAAAACUUCAACUUUUUCACCAAAAUCAUGGACUAUCCCCUUUGCAAAAAUCUCAAUUUUGCCUUCUUUUUAAAUCCAUGUUUACAUUGUCUAGAAAGGCUUGUUUUCUAACGAGAACGUCACCAAAUACUUUUUCUGGGUUUAUUUUGAAUAACACGAAACGUUCAAAAAAUUUCCAAUUUUUGACCAAAACCAUGGACUAACCCCGUUAUAAAAAUGCUAAUUUUGUGGUUUUUUGAAACCGAUGUUUUCGUUGUUCAGAAAGGCUUGUUUGCUACAUAAAAAGUCGCAAAUCGUUUUUUCACCAUUUACUGUCGCGAUCUAUGACAUGGGAAUACAGGGGGUUACUAGGGGUUACAAGGGGUUACAGAUGGUUACAAGGGGUUACAAGGGGUUACAGGGGGUUACAAGGGGUGACAGGGGGUGACAAGGGAUUAUACAAACUUUUUUCUAACUAGAACGUUCCCAGAUACUUUUUCUUGGUCUAUUUUGCAUAAAAAUCAAAGUUGAAGAAAUCUCAAAAUUUUGACCAAAACAAUGGACUACCCCUUGGCAAAAAUUGUCAUUUUCCCUUUUUCAUAAACAGUUGUUUUUAUAGUCUAUAAAGAUUUCUUUUUUAUCUAGAACGUCAGCAAACACUUUUUCUCGAUCUAUUUUUGAUAAACACGAAACAUGAAAAAACUUCAACUUUUUCACCAAAAUCAUGGACUAUCCCCUUUGAAAAAAUCUCAAUUUUGCCUUCUUUUUAAAUCCAUGUUUAUAUUGUCUAGAAAGGCUUGUUUUCUAACGAGAACGUCACCAAAUACUUUUUCUGCGUUUAUCUUGCAUAACACAAAACGUUCAAAAAAUUUCCAAUUUUUUAACCAAAACCAUAGACUAACCCCUUUCGAAAAAUGCUAAUUUUGCGAGUUUUUGAAACGGAUGUUUUCGUUGUUCAGAAAGGCUUGUUUGCUAUAUAAAACGUCGAAAAUCGUUUUUUCACCAUUUAUUGUCGCGAUCUAUGACAUUGGAAUACAGGGGGUUACAAGGGGUUACUAGGGGUUACAAGGGGUUACAGGGGGUUACAAGGGGUUACAAGGGGUUACAGGGCGUUACAAGGGGUGACAGGGGGUGACAAGGGGUGACAGGGGGUUACAAAGGAUUAUACAAACUUUUUUCUAAGUAGAACGUUCCCAGAUACUUUUUCCUGGUCUAUUUUUGCAUAAAAAUCAAAGUUGAAGAAAUCUCAAUAUUUUGACCAAAACAAUGGACUAACCCCUUUGCAAAACUUCUCAUUUUCCGUUUUUCAUAAACAGUUGUUUUUAUAGUCUAUAAAGGCUUCUUUUUUAUCUAGAACGUCAGCAAACACUUUUUCUCGAUCUAUUUUUGAUAAACACAAAACAUGAAAAAACUUCAACUUUUUCACCAAAAUCAUGGACUAUCCCCUUUGCAAAAAUCUUAAUUUUGCCUUCUUUUUAAAUGCAUGUUUAUAUUGUCUAAAAAGACUUGUUUUCUAACGAGAACGUCACCAAAUACUUUUUCUGGGUUUAUUUUGCAUAACACGAAACGUUCAAAAAAUUUCCAAUUGUUGACCAAAACCAUGGACUAACCCCUUUUGAAAAAUGCUAACUUUGUGGUUUUUUGAAACCGAUCUUUUCGUUGUUCAGAAAGAGUUUUUUGCUAUAUAAAACGUCGAAAAUCGUUUCUUCACCAUUUAUUGUCGCGAUCUAUGACAUCGGAAUAUCGGGGGUUAUAAGGGGUUACUAGGGGUUACAAGGGGUUACAUGGGGUUACAACGGGUUACAAGGGGUUACAGGGGGUUACAAAGGGUGACAGUGGGUGACAAGGCGACACAGGGGGUUACAAAGGAUUAUACAAAAUUUUUCUAACUAGAACGUUCGCAGAUACUUUUUCUUGGUGUAUUUUGGAUAAAAAUAGAAGUUGAAGUUGAACAGUUGUUUUUAUAGUCCAUAAAGGCUUCUUUUUUUAUCUAGAACGUCAGCCAAUACUUUUUCGCCAUCUAUUUUUGAUAAACACAAAACAUGAAAAAACUUCAACUUUUUCACCAAAAUCAUGGACUAUCCCCUUUGCAAAAACCUCAAUUUUGCCUUCUUUUUAAAUCCAUCUUUAUAUUGGCUAGAAAGGCUUGUUUUCUAACGAGAACGUCAGCAAAUACUUUUUCUGGGUUUAUUUUGCAUAACACGAAACGUUCAAAAAAUUUCCAAUUUUUGACCAAAACCAUGGACUAACCGCUUUGGAAAAAUGCUAAUUUUGCGAGUUUUUCAAACCGAUGUUUUCGUUGUUCAGAAAGGCUUGUUUGCUAUAUAAAACGUCGAAAAUCGUUUUUUCACCAUUUAUUGUCGCAAUCUAUGACAUGGGAAUACAGGGGGUUACCAAGGGUUACUAGGGGUUACAAGGGGUUACAGGGGGUUACAAGGGGUUACAAUGGGUUACAGGGGGUUACAAGGGGUGACAGGGGUGACAGGGGUGACAAGGGCUGACAGGGGGGGGGUUAAAGGAUUAUAAAAAUUUUUUUCUAACUAGAAAGUUCCCAGAUACUUUUUCUUGGUCUAUUUUGCAUAAAAAUCAAAGUUGAAGAAUUCUCAAAAUUUUGACCAAAACAAUGGACUAACCCCUUUGCAAAAAUUCUCUUAUCCCGUUUUUCAUAAACAGUUGUUUUUAUAGUCUAUAAAGGCUUCUUUUUUUUUUCUCUAGAACGUCAGCAAACACUUUUUCUCGAUCUAUUUUUGAUAAACACAAAACAUGAAAAAAAACCUCAACUUUUUCCCCAAAAUCAUGGACUAUCCCCUUGCAAAAAUGUCAAAUUUGCCUUCUUUUUAAAACCAAAAUUAUAUUGUCUAGAAAGGUUUGUUUUCUAACGAGAACGUCACCAAAUACUUUUUCUGGGUUUAUUUUGCAUAACACGAAACGUUCAAAAAAUUUCCAAUUUUUCACCAAAACCAUGGACUAACCCCUUUGGAAAAAUGCUAAUUUUGCGAGUUUUUGAAACCGAUGUUUUCGUUGUUCAGAAAGGCUUGUUUGCUAUAUAAAACGUCGAAAAUCGUUUCUUCACUAUUUAUUGUCGCGAUCUAUGACAUAGGAAUACAGGGGCUUACAAGGGGUUACUAGGGGUUACAAGGGUUACAGGGGGUUACAAGGGGUGACAGGGGGUGACAAGGUGUGACAGGCGGUUACAAAGGAUUAUACAAACUUUUUUCUAACUAGAACGUUCCCAGAUACUUUUUCUUGGUCUAUUUUGCAUAAAAAUCAAAGUUGAAGAAAUCUCAAAAUUUUGACCAAAACAAUGGACUAACCACUUUGCAAAAAUUCUCAUUUUCCGUCUUUCAUAAACAGUUGUUUUUAUAGUCUUUAAACGCUUCUUUUUUAUCUAGAACGUCAGCAAACACUUUUUCUCGAUCUAUUGUUGAUAAACACAAAACAUGAAAAAACUUCAACUUUUUCACCAAAAUCAUGGACUAUCCCCUUUGCAAAAAUCUCAAUUUUGACUUCUUUUUAAAUGCAUGUUUAUAUUGUCUAGAAAGGCUUGUUUUCUAACGAGAACGUCACCAAAUACUUUUUCUGGGUUUAUUUUGCAUAACACGAAACGUUCAAAAAAUUUCCAAUUUUUGACCAAAACCAUGGACUAACCCCUUUAUAAAAAUGCUAAUUUUGUGGUUUUUUGAAACCGAUGUUUUCGUUGUUCAGAAAGGCUUGUUUGCUACAUAAAAAGUCGCAAAUCGUUUUUUGACCAUUUACUGUCGCGAUCUAUGACAUAGGAAUACAGGGGGUUACUAGGGGUUACAAGGGGUUACAGAUGGUUACAAGGGGUUACAAGGGGUUACAGGGGGUUACAAGGGGUGACAGGGGGCGACAAGGGAUUAUACAAACUUUUUUCUAACUAAAACCUUCCCAGAUACUUUUUCUUGGUCUAUUUUGCAUAAAAAUCAAAGUUGAAGAAUUCUCAAAAUUUUGACCAAAACAAUGGACUAACCACUUUGCAAAAAUUCUCAUUUUCCGUUUUUCAUGAACAGUUGUUUUUAUAGUCUUUAAAGGCUUCUUUUUUAUCUACAACGUCAGCAAACACUUUUUCUCGAUCUAUUGUUAAUAAACACAAAACAUGAAAAAACUUCAACUUUUUCACCAAAAUCAUGGACUAUCCCCUUUGCAAAAAUCUCAAUUUUGCCUUCUUUUUAAAUCCAUGUUUAUAUUGUCUAGAAAGGCUUGUUUUCUAACGAGAACGUCACCAAAUACUUUUUCUGGGUUUAUUUUGCAUAACACGAAACGUUCAAAAAAUUUCCAAUUUUUGACCAAAACCAUGGACUAACCCCUUUGGAAAAAUGCUAAUUUUGUGGUUUGUUGAAACCGAUGUUUUCGUUGUUCAGAAAGGCUUGUUUGCUACAUAAAAAGUCGCAAAUCGUUUUUUCACCAUUUAUUGUCGCGAUCUAUGACAUGGGAAUACAGGGGGUUACUAGGGGUUACAAGGGGUUACAGGGGGUUACAAGGGGUUACAAGGGGUUACAGGGGGUUACAAGGGGUGACAGGGGGUGACAAGGGAUUAUACAAACUUUUUUCUAACUAGAACGUUCCCAGAUACUUUUUCUUGGUCUAUUUUGCAUAAAAAUCAAAGUUGAAGAAUUCUCAAAAUUUUGACCAAAACAAUGGACUAACCCCUUUGCAAAAAUUCUCAUUUUCCGUUUUUCAUAAACAGUUGUUUUUAUAGUCUUUAAAGGCUUCUUUUUUAUCUAGAACGUCAGCAAACACUUUUUCUCGAUCUAUUUUUGAUAAACACAAAACAUGAAAAAACCUCAACUUUUUCCCCCAAAUCAUGGACUAUCCCCUUUGCAAAAAUGUCAAUUUUGCCUUCUUUUUAAAAGCAUAAUUAUUUUGUCUAGAAAGGUUUGUUUUCUAACGAGAACGUCACCAAAUACUUUUUCUGGGUUUAUUUUGCAUAACACGAAACGUUCAAAAAAUUUCCAAUUUUUGACCAAAACCAUGGACUAACCCCUUUGGAAAAAUGCUAAUUUUGCGAGUUUUUCAAACCGAUGUUUUCGUUGUUCAGAAAGGCUUGUUUGCUACAUAAAAAGUCGCAAAUCGUUUUUUCACCAUUUAUUGUCGCCAUCUAUGACAUGGGAAUACAGGGGGUUACUAGGGGUUACAAGGGGAUACAGGGGGUUACAAGGGGUUACAAGGGGUUACAGGGGGUUACAAGGGGUGACAGGGGGCGACAAGGGAUUAUACAAACUUUUUUCUAACUAGAACGUUCCCAGAUACUUUUUCUUGGUCUAAUUUGCAUAAAAAUCAAAGUUGAAGAAAUCUCAAAAUUUUGACCAAAACGAUGGACUAACCCCUUUGCAAAAAUUCUCAUUUUCCGUUUUUCAUAAACAGUUGUUUUUAUAGUCUAUAAAGGCUUCUUUUUUAUCUAGAACGUCAGCAAACACUUUUUCUCGAUCUAUUUUUGAUAAACACAAAACAUGAAAAAACUUCAACUUUUUCACCAAAAUCAUGGACUAUCCCCUUUGCAAAAAUCUCAAUUUUGCCUUCUUUUUAAAUCCAUGUUUAUAUUGUCUAGAAAGGCUUGUUUUCUAACGAGAACGUCACCAAAUACUUUUUCUGGGUUUAUUUUGCAUAACACGAAACGUUCAAAAAAUUUCCAAUUUUUGACCAAAACCAUGGACUAACCCCUUUGGAUAAAUGCUAAUUUUGUGGUUUUUUGAAACCGAUGUUUUCGUCGUUCAGAAAGGCUUGUUUGCUAUAUAAAACGUCGAAAAUCGUUUUUUCACCAUUUAUUUUCGCGAUCUAUCACAUGGGAAUACAGGGGGUUAUAAGGGGUUACAAGGGGUUACAGGGGGUUACAAGGGGUUACAGGGGGUUACAAGGGGUGACAGGGGGUGACAAGGGGUGACAGGGGAUUACAAAGGAUUAUACAAACUUUUUUCUAACUAGAACGUUCGCAGAUACUUUUUCUUGGUCUAUUUUCAAUAAAAAUCAAAGUUGAAGAAAUCUCAAAAUUUUGACCAAAACAAUGGACUAUCCCCUUUGCAAAAAUCUCAAUUUUGCCUUCAUUUUAAAUGCAUGUUUAUAUUGUCUAGAAAAGCUUGUUUUCUAACGAGAACCUCACCAAAUACUUUUUGUGGGUUUAUUUUGCAUAACACGAAACGUUCAAAAAAUUUCCAAUUUUUGACCAAAACCAUGGACUAACCCCUUUGGAAAAAUGCUAAUUUUGUGGUUUUUUGACACCGAUGUUUUCGUUGUUCAGAAAGGCUUGUUUGCUAUACAAAACGUCGCAAAUCGUUUUUUCACCAUUUAUUUUCGCGAUCUAUGACAUGGGAAUACAGGGGGUUACUAGGGGUUACAAGGGGUUACAAGGGGUUACAGGGGGUUACAAGGGGUUACAGGGGGUUACAAGGGGUGACAGGGGGUGAAAAGGGGUGACAGGGGGUUAAAAGGAUUAUACAAACUUUUUUCUAACUAGAACGUUCCCAGAUACUUUUUCUUGGUCUAUUUUGCAUAAAAAUCAAAGUUGAAGAAAUCUCAAAAUUUUGACCAAAACAAUGGACUAACCCCUUUGCAAAAAUUCUCUUUUUCCGUUUUUCAUAAACAGUUGUUUUUAUAGUCUUUAAAGGCUUCUUUUUUAUCUAGAACGUCAGCAAACACUUUUUCUCGAUCUAUUUUUGAUAAACACAAAACAUGAAAAAACUUCAACUUUUUCACCAAAAUCAUGGACUAUCCCCUUUGCAAAAAUCUCAAUUUUGCCUUCUUUUUAAAUGCAUGUUUAUAUUGUCUAGAAAGGCUUGUUUUCUAACGAGAACGUCACCAAAUACUUUUUCUGGGUUUAUUUUGCAUAACACGAAACGUUCAAAAAAUUUCCAAUUUUUGACCAAAACCAUGGACUAACCCCUUUGGAAAAAUGCUAAUUUUGUGGUUUUUUGAAACCGAUGUUUUCGUUGUUCAGAAAGGCUUGUUUGCUAUAUAAAACGUCGAAAAUCGUUUUUUCACCAUUUAUUUUCGCGAUCUAUGACAUGGGAAUACAGGGGUUAACUAGGGGUUUACAAGGGGUUACAAGGGGUUACAAGGGGUUACAAGGGGUUACAAAGGGGUUACAAGGGGUGACAAGGGUGACAGGGGGUGACAGGGGGUGACAGGGGGUUACAAAGGAUUAUACAAACUUUUUCUAACUAGAACGUUCCCAGAUACUUUUUCUUGGUCUAUUUUACAUAAAAAUCAGAGUUGAAGAAAUCUCAAUAUUUUGACCAAAACAAUGGACUAACCCCUUUGCAAAAAUUCUCAUUUUCUGUUUUUCAUAAACAGCUGUUUUUCUAGUCUAUAAAGGCCUCUUUUUUAUCUAGAACGUCAGCAAGCACUUUUUCUCGAUCUAUUUUUGAUAAACACAAAACAUGAAAAAACUUCAACUUUUUCACCAAAAUCAUGGACUAUCCCCUUUGCAAAAAUCUCAAUUUUGCCUUCUUUUUAAAUGCAUGUUUAUAUUGUCUAGAAAGGCUUGUUUUCUAACGAGAACGUCACCAAAUACUUUUUCUGGGUUUAUUUUGCAUAACACGAAACGUUCAAAAAAUUUCCAAUUUUUGACCAAAACCAUGGACUAACCCCUUUGGAAAAAUGCUAAUUUUGUGGUUUUUUGAAACCGAUGUUUUCGUUGUUCAGAAAGGCUUGUUUGCUAUAUAGAACGUCGAAAAUCGUUUUUUCACCAUUUAAUGUCGCGAUCUAUGACAUGGGAAUACAGGGGGUUACACGGGGAUACUAGGGGUUACAAGGGGUUACAGGGGGUUUCAAGGGGUGACAGGGGGUGACAAGGGGUGACAGGGGGUUACAAAGGAUUAUACAAACUUUUUUCUAACUAGAACGUUCGCAGAUAGUUUUUCUUGGUCUAUUUUGCAUACAAAUCAAAGUUAAAGAAUUCUCAAAAUUUUGACCAAACCAAUAAACUAACCGCUUUGCAAAAAUUCUUAUUUUCCGUUUUUCAUAAACAGUUUUUUUUAUAGUCUAUAAAGGCUUCUUUUUUAUCUAGAAAGUCAGCAAACACUUUUUCUCGAUCUAUUUUUGAUAAACACAAAACAUGAAAAAACUUCAACUUUUUCCCCACAAUCAUGGACUAUCCCCUUUGCAAAAAUCUCAAUUUUCCCUGCUUUUUACAUCCAUGUUUAUAUUGUCUAGAAAGGUUUGUUUUCUAACGAGAACGUCACCAAAUACUUUUUCUGGGUUUAUUUUGCAUAACACGAAACGUUCAAAAAAUUUCCAAUUUUUGACCAAAACCAUGGACUAACCCCUUUGGAAUAAUGCUAAUUUUGCAAGUUUUUCAAACCGAUGUUUUCGUUGUUCAGAAAGGCUUGUUUCCUAUAUAAAACGUCGAAAAUCGUUUUUUCACCAUUUAUUGUCGCGAUCUAUGACAUGGGAAUAGAGGGGGUUACAAGAGGUUACCAGGGGUUACAAGGGGUUACAAAGGAUUAUACAAACUUCUUUUCUAACUAGAACGUUCCCAGAUACUUUUUCUUGGUCUAUUUUGAAUAAAAAUCAAAGUUGAAGAAAUCUCAAAAUUUUGACCAAAACAAUGGACUAACCCAUUUGCGAAAAUUCUCAUUAUCCGUUUUUCAUAAAUAGUUGUUUUUAUAGUCUAGAAAUACUUCUUUUUUAUCUAGAACGUCAGCAAACACUUGUUCUCGAACUAUUUUUGAUAAACACAAAACAUGAAAAAACUUCAACUUUUUCACCAACAUCAUGGACUAUCCCUUUGGAAAAAUCUCGAUUUCGCCUUCUUUUUAAAUCCAUGUUUAUAUUGUCUAGAAAGGCUUGUUUUCUAACGAGAACGUCACCAAAUACUUUUUCUGGGUUUAUUUUGCAUAACACGAAACGUUCAAAAAAUUUCCAAUUUUUGACCAAAACCAUGGACUAACCCCUUUGGAAAAAUGCUAAUUUUGUGGUUUUUUGAAACCGAUGUUUUCGUUGUUCAGAAAGGCUUGUUUGCUAUAUAAAACGUGGAAAAUCGGUUUUUCACCAUUUAUUGUCGCGAUCUAUGACAUGGGAAUACAGGGGGUUACCAGGGGUUACUAGGGGUUACAAGGGGUUACAGGGGGUUACAAGGGGUUACAGGGGGUGACAAAGGAUUAUACAAACUUUUUUCUAACUAGAACGUUCCCAGAUACUUUUUCUUGGUUUAUUUUGCAUAAAAAUCAAAGUUGAAGAAAUCUCAAAAUUUUGACCAAAACAAUGGACUAACCCCUUUGCAAAAAUUCUCUUUUUCCGUUUUUCAUAAACAGUUGUUUUUAUAGUCUUUAAAGGCUUCUUUUUUAUCUAGAACGUCAGCAAACACUUUUUCUCGAUCUAUUUUUGAUAAACACAAAACAUGAAAAAACUUCAACUUUUUCACCAAAAUCAUGGACUAUCCCCUUUGCAAAAAUCUCAAUUUUGCCUUCUUUUUAAAUCCAUGUUUAUAUUGUCUAGAAAGGCUUGUUUUCUAACGAGAACGUCACCAAAUACUUUUUCUGGGUUUAUUUUGCAUAACACGAAACGUUCAAAAAAUUUCCAAUUUUUGACCAAAACCAUGGACUAACCCCUUUGUAAAAAUGCUAAUUUUGCGAGUUUUUGAAACCGAUGUUUUCGUUGUUCAGAAAGGCUUGUUUGCUAUAUAAAACGUCGAAAAUCGUUUUUUCACCAUUUAUUGUCGAUAUCUAUGACAUGGGAAUACAGGAGGUUACCAGGGGUUACUAGGGCUUACAAGGGGUUACAGGGGGUUACAACGGGUUACAAGGGGUACAAGGGUUACAGGGGGUUACAAGGGGUGACAGGGGGUGACAAGGGGUGACAGGGGGUUACAAAGGAUUAUACAAACUUUUUUCUAACUAGAACGUUCCCAGAUACUUUUUCUUGGUCUAUUUUGCAUAAAAAUCAAAGUUGAAGAAAUCUCAAAAUUUUGACCAAACCAAUGGACUAACCCCUUUGCAAAAAUUCUCAUUUUCCGUUUUUCAUAAACAGUUGUUUUUAUAGUCUAGAAAGGCUUCUUUUUUAUCUAGAACGUCAGCAAACACUUUUUCUCGAUCUAUUUUUGAUAAACACAAAACAUGAAAAAACUUCAACUUUUUCCCCAAAAUCAUGGACUAUGCCCUUUGCAAAAAUGUCAAUUUUGCCUUCUUUUUAAAUCCAUGUUUAUAUUGUCUAGAAAGGUUUUUUUUUCUAACGAGAACGUCACCAAAUACUUUUUCUGGGUUUAUUUUGCAUAACACGAAACGUUCAAAAAAUUUCCAAUUUUUGACCAAAACCAUGGACUAACCCCUUUGGAAAAAUGCUAAUUUUGCGAGUUUUUCAAACCGAUGUUUUCGUUGUUCAGAAAGGCUUGUUUCCUAUAUAAAACGUCGAAAAUCGUUUUUUCACCAUUUAUUGUCGCGAUCUAUGACAUGGGAAUACAGGGGGUUACCAGGGGUUACUAGGGGUUACAAGGGGUUACAGGGGUUACAAGGGGGUUACAAGGGGUUACAGGGGGUUACAAGGGGUGACAGGGGUGACAAGGGGCGGGGGGGGUUACAAAGGAUUAUACAAACUUUUUUUUUCUAACUAGAACGUUCCCAGAUACUUUUUCUUGGUCUAUUUUGCAUAAAAAUCAAAGUUGAAGAAAUCUCAAAAUUUUGACCAAAACAAUGGACUAACCCCUUUGCAAAAAUUCUCAUUUUCGGUUUUUCAUAAACAGUUGUUUUUAUAGUCUAUAAAGGCUUCUUUUUUAUCUAGAAAGUCAGCAAACACUUUUUCUCGAUCUAUUUUUGAUAAACACAAAACAUGAAAAAACUUCAACUUUUUCCCCAAAAUCAUGGACUAUCCCCUUUGCAAAAAUGUCGAUUUUGUCUUCUUUUUAAAUCCAUGUUGAUAUUGUCUAGAAAGGUUUUUUUUUUCUAACGAGAACGUCACCAAAUACUUUUUCUGGGUUUAUUUUGCAUAACACGAAACGUUCAAAAAAUUUCCAAUUGUUGACCAAAACCAUGGACUAACCCCUUUGGAAAAAUGCUAACUUUGUGGUUUUUUGAAACCGAUCUUUUCGUUGUUCAGAAAGAGUUUUUUGCUAUAUAAAACGUCGAAAAUCGUUUCUUCACCAUUUAUUGUCGCGAUCUAUGACAUCGGAAUACAGGGGGUUAUAAGGGGUUACUAGGGGUUACAAGGGGUUACAGAGGGUUACAAGGGGUUACAAGGGGUUACAGGGGGUUACAAGGGGUGACAGGGGGUGACAAGGGGACACAGGGGGUUACAAAGGAUUAUACAAACUUUUUUCUAUCUAGAACGUUCGCAGAUACUUUUUCUUGGUGUAUUUUGGAUAAAAAUCAAAGUUGAAGAAAUCUCAAAAUUUUCACCAAACCAAUGGACAAACCCCUUUGGAAAAAUUCUCAUUUUCCGUUUUUCAUAAACAGUUUUUUUUAUAGUCUAUAAAAACUUCUUUUUUAUAUAGAACGUCAGCAAACACUUUUUAUCGAUCUAUUUUUCAUAAACACAAAACAUGAAAAAACUUCAACUUUUUCACCAAAAUCAUGGACUAUCCCCUUUGCAAAAAUCUCAAUUUUGCCUUCUUUUUAAAUCCAUGUUUAUAUUGUCUAGAAAGGCUUGUUUUCUAACGAGAACGUCACAUAAUACUUUUUCUGGGUUUAUUUUGCAUAACACGAAACGUUCAAAAAAUUUCCAAUUUUUGACCAAAAACAUGGACUAACCCUUUUGAAAAAUGCUAAUUUUGUGGUUUUUGAAACCGAUGUUUUCGUUGUUCAGAAAGAGUUGUUUGCUAUAUAAAACGUCGAAAAUCGUUUUUUCACCAUUUAUUGUCGCGAUCUAUGACAUUGGAAUACAGGGGUUAAAAGGGGUUACUAGGGGUUACAAGGGGUUACAGGGGUUACAAGGGGUUACAAGGGGUUACAAGGGGUUACAGGGGUUACAAGGGGGACAGGGGUGACAAGGGGACACAGGGGUUACAAAGGAUUAUACAAACUUUUUUCUAACUAGAACGUUCCCAGAUACUUUUUCUUGGGCUAUUUUGCAUAAAAAUCAAAGUUGAAGAAAUCUCAAAAUUUUGACCAAAACAAUGGACUAACCCCUUUGCAAAAAUUCUCAUUUUCCGUUUUUCAUAAACAGUUGUUUUAUAGUCUAUAAAGGCUUCUUUUUUAUCUAGAACGUCAGCAAACACUUUUUCUCGAUCUAUUUUUGAUAAACACAAAACAUGAAAAACUUCAACUUUUUCCCUAAAAUCAUGGACUAUCCCCUUUGCAAAAAUCUCAAUUUUGCCUUCUUUUUAAAUCCAUGUUUAUAUUGUCUAGAAAGGCUUGUUUUCUAACGAGAACGUCACCAAAUACUUUUUCUGGGUUUAUUUUGCAUAACACGAAACGUUCAAAAAAUUUCCAAUUUUUGACCAAAACCAUGGACUAACCCCUUUGGAAAAAUGCUAAUUUUGCGGGUUUUUGAAACCGCUGUUUUCGUUGUUCAGAAGGACUUGUGUGGUAUAUAAAACGUCGAAAAUCGUUUUUUCACCAUUUAUUGUCAAGAUCUAUGACAUGGGAAUACAGGGGGUUACAAUGGGCGAAAGGGAGUAACAAGGGGUGACAGGGGGUUACAAAGGAUUAUACAAACUUUUUUCUAACUAGAACGUUCGCAGAUACUUUUUCUUGGUGUAUGUUGGAUAAAAAACAAAGUUGAAGAAAUCUCAAAAUUUUGACCAAAACAAUGGACUAACCAGUUUGCAAAAAUUCUCAUUUCCCGUUUUUCAUGAACAGUUGUUUUUAUAGUCUUUAAAGGCUUCUUUUUUAUCUAGAACGUCACCAAACACUUUUUCUGGAUCUCUUUUUGAUAAACACAAAAGAUGAAGAAAGUUCCACUUUUUCACCAAAAUCAUGGACUAUCCCCUUUGCAAAAAUCUCAAUUUUGCCUUCUUUUUAAAUCCAUGUUUAUAUUGUCUAGAAAGGCUUGUUUUCUAACGAGAACGUCACCAAAUACUUUUUCUGGGUUUAUUUUGCAUAACACGAAACGUUCAAAAAAUUUCCAAUUUUUCACGAAAACCAUGGACUAACCCCUUUGGAAAAAUGCUAAUUUUGUGGUUUUUUGAAUCCGAUGUUUUCGUCGUUCAGAAAGACUUGUUUGCUUUAUAAAACGUCGAACUCGUUUUUUUACCAUUAAUUUUUGCGAUCUAUGACAUGGGAAUACAGGGGGUUACCAGGGGUUACUAGGGGUUAGAAGGGGUUACAGGGGGUUACAAGGGGUUACAAGAGGUUACAGGGGAUUACAAGGGGUGAGAGGGGCUGACAAGGGCUGACAGGGGGUUACAAAGGAUUACACAAACUUUUUUCUAACUAGAACGUUCCCAGAUACUUUAUCUUUGUCUAUUUUGGAUAAAAAUCAAAGUUGAAGAAAUCUCAAAAUUUUGACCCAAACAAUGGACUAACCCCUUUGCAAAAAUUCUCAUUUUCCGUUUUUCAUAAACAGUUGUUUUUGUAGUCUAUAAAGACUUCUUUUACAUCUAGAACGUCAGCAAACACUUUUUCUCGAUCUACUUUUGAUAAACACAAAACAUGAAAAAGCUUCAACUUCUUCACCAAAAUCAUGGACUAUCCCCUUUGCAAAAAUCUCAAUUUUGCCUUCUUUUUAAAUCCAUGUUUAUAUUGUGUAGAAAGGCUUGUUUUCUAACGAGAACGUCACCAAAUACUUUUUCUGGGUUUAUUUUGCAUAACACGAAACGUUCAAAAAAUUUCCAAUUUUUCACGAAAACCAUGGACUAACCCCUUUGGAAAAAUGCUAAUUUUGUGGUUUUUUGAAACCGAUGUUUCCGUUGUUCAGAAAGGCUUGUUUGCUAUAUAAAACGUCGAAAAUCGUUUUUUCACCAUUUAUUUCCGCGAUCUACGACAUGGGAAUACAGGGGAUUACAAGGGGUUACUAGGAGUUACAAGGGGUUACAGGGGGUUACAAGGGGUUACAGGGGGUUACAACGGGUGACAGGGGGUGAAAGAGGUGACUAGGGAUGAAAGAGGUGACAGGGGGUUAAAAAGGAUUAUACAAACUUUUUUCUAACUAGAACGUUCCCAGAUACUUUUUCUUGGUCUAUUUUGCAUAAAAAUCAAAGUUGAAGAAAUCUCAAUAUUUUGACCAAAACAAUGGACUAACCCCUUUGGACAAAUUCUCAUUUUCCGUUUUUCAUAAACAGUUGUUUUUAUAGUCUAGAAAGGGUUCUUUUUUAUCUAGAACGUCAGCAAACACUUUUUCUCGAUCUAUUUUUGAUAAACACAAAAUAUGAAAAAACUUCAACUUUUUAACCAAAAUCAUGGACUAUCCCCUUUGCAAAAAUCUCAAUUUUGCCUUCUUUUUAAAUGCAUGUUUAUAUUGUCUAGAAAGGCUUGUUUUCUAACGAGAACGUCACCAAAUACUUUUUCUGGGUUUAUUUUGCAUAACACGAAACGUUCAAAAAAUUUCCAGUUUUUGACCAAAACCAUGGACUAACCCCUUUCGAAAAAUGCUAAUAUUGUGGUUUUUUUGAAACCGAUGUUUUCGUUGUUCAGAAAGGCUUUUUUUCUAUAUAAAACGUCGCAAAUCGUUUUUUCACCAUUUAUUUUCGCGAUCUAUGACAUGGGAAUACAGGGGGUUACACGGGAUUACCAGGGGUUGUAAGGGGUUACAAGGGGUUACAGGGGGUUACAAGGGGUGACAGGGGGUGACAAGGGAUUAUACAAACUUUUUUCUAACUAGAACGUUCCCAGAUACUUUUUCGUGGUCUAUUUUGCAUAAAAAUCAAAGUUGAAGAAUUCUCAAAAUUUUGACCAAAACGAUGGACUAACCCCUUUGCAAAUAUUCUCAUUUUCCGUUUUUCAUAAACAGUUGUUUUUAUAGUCUAUAAAGGCUUCUUUUUUAUCUAAAACGUCAGCAAACACUUUUUCUCGAUCUAUUUUUGAUAAAAACAAAACAUGAAAAAACUUCAACUUUUUCCCCAACAUCAUGAACUAUCCCGUUUGCAAAAAUUUUAUUUUCCCUUCUUUUUAAAUCCAUGUUUAUAUUGUCUAGAAAGGUUUGUUUUCUAACAAGAACGUCACCAAGUACUUUUUCUGGGUUUAUUUUGCAUAACACGAAACGUUCAAAAAAUUUCCAAUUGUUGACCAAAACCAUGGACUAACCCCUUUUGAAAAAUGCUAACUUUGUGGUUUUUUGAAACCGAUCUUUUCGUUGUUCAGAAAGAGUUUUUUGCUAUAUAAAACGUCGAAAAUCGUUUCUUCACCAUUUAUUGUAGCGAUCUAUGACAUCGGAAUAUCGGGGGUUAUAAGGGGUUACUAGGGGUUACAACGGGUUACAAGGGGUUACAGGGGGUUACAAAGGGUGACAGGGGGUGACAAGGGGACACAGGGGGUUACAAAGGAUUAUACAAACUUUUUUCUAACUAGAACGUUCGCAGAUACUUUUUCUUGGUGUAUUUUGGAUAAAAAUCAAAGUUGAAGAAAUCUCAAAAUUUUGACCAAACCAAUGGACAAACCCCUUUGGAAAAAUUCUCAUUUUCCGUUUUUCAUAAACAGUUGUUUUUAUAGUCUAUAAAGGCUUCUUUUUUAUCUAGAAUGUCAGCAAACACUUUUUCUCCAUCUAUUUUUGAUAAACACAAAACAUGAAAAAACUUCAACUUUUUCACCAAAAUCAUGGACUAUCCCCUUUGCAAAAAUCUCAAUUUUGCCUUCUUUUUAAAUCCACCUUUAUAUUGGCUAGAAAGGCUUGUUUUCUAACGAGAACGUCACCAAAUACUUUUUCUGGGUUUAUUUUGCAUAACACGAAACGUUCAAAAAAUUUCCAAUUUUUGACCAAAACCAUGGACUAACCCCUUUGGAAAAAUGCUAAUUUUGUGGUUUUUUUGAAACCGAUGUUUUCGUUGUUCAGAAAGGCUUGUUUGCUAUAUAAAACGUCAAAAAUCGCUUUUUCACCAUUUAUUUUCGCGAUCUAUGACAUCGGAAUACCGGGGGGUUACAAGGAGUUACUAGGGGUUACAAGGGGUUACAAGGGGUUACAAGGGGUUACAGGGGGUUAGAAGGGGUCACAGGGGGUGACAAGGGGUGACAGGGGGUUACAAAGGAUUAUACAAACUUUUUCUAACUAGAACGUUCCCACAUACGUUUUCUUGGUCUAUUUUACAUAAAAAUCAGAGUUGAAGAAAUCUCAAUAUUUUGACCAAAACAAUGGACUAUCCCCUUUGCAAAAAUCUCAAAUUUGGCUGGUUUUUAAAUGCAUGUUUAGAUUGUCUAGAAAGGCUUGUUUUCUAUUGAGAACUUCACCAAAUACUUUUUCUGGGUUUAUGUUGCAUAACACGAAACGUUAACAAAAUUUCCAAUUUUAUACCAAAAUCAUGGACUAACCCCUUUGGAAAAAUGCCAAUUUUGCGAGUUUUUGAAACCGAUGUUUUCGUUGUUCAGAAAGGCUUGUUUGCUAUAUAAAACGUCGAAAAUCGUUUUCUCACCAUUUAAUGUCGCGAUCUAUGACAUUGGAAUAGAGGGGCUUACAAAAGGUUACUAGGGGUUACAAGGGGUUACAGGGGGUUACAAGGGGUUACAAGGGGUUACAGGGGGUUACAAGUGGUAACAGGGGGUGACAAGGAGUGACAGGGGGUUACAAAGGAUUAUACAAACUUUUUUCUAAGUAGAACGUUCCCAGAUACUUUUUCUUGGUCUAUUUUUGCAUAAAGGUCAAAGUUGAAGAAAUCUCACAAUUUUGACCAAAACAAUGGACUAAUGGACUGGAAAAAUGCUAAUUUUUUGGUUUUUUGAAACCGAUGUUUUCGUUGUUCAGAAAGGCUUGUUUGCUACAUAAAUCGUCGAAAAUCGUUUUUUCACCAUUUAUUUUCGCGAUCUAUGACAUAAGAAUACAGGGGGUUACCAGGGGUUACUAGGGGUUACAAGUGGUUAAAGGGGGUUACAAGGGGUUACAGGGGGUUACAAGGGGUGACAAGGAGUGACAAGGGGUGACAGGGGGUUACAAAGGAUUAUACAAACUUUUUUCUACCUAGAUCGUUCCCAGAUCCUUUUAUUUGGUCUAUUUUGCAUAAAAAUCAAAGUUGAAGAAAUCUCAAAAUUUUGACCAAAACGAUGGACUAACCCCUUUGCAAAAAAAUCUAAUUUUUGCGUUUUUCAUAAACAGUUGUUUUUAUAGUCUUUAAAGGCUUCUUUUUUAUCUUGAACGUCAGCAAACACUAUUUCUCGAUCUAUUUUUGAUAAACACAAAGAAGAUGAAAAAACUUCAACUUUUUGACCAAAAUCAUCGACUAUCCCCUUUUUCAAAAAGCCCAAUUUUGCCUUCUUUUUAAAUACAUGUUUAUAUUGUCUAGAAAAGCUUGUUUUCUAACGAGAACGUCACCAAAUACUUUUUCUGGCUGUAUUUUGCAUAAAAAAAAACGUUAAAAAAAUUUCAACUUUUUGCCCAAAACCAUGGACUAACCCCUUUGGAAAAAUGCCAAUUUUGUGGGUUUUUGAAACCGAUGUUUUCGUUGUUCAGAAAGGCUUGUUUGCUAUAUAAAACGUCGAAAAUCGUUUUUUUACAAUUUAUUUUCACGAUCUAUGACAUGGGAAUACAGAGGGUUACAAGGGGUUACAAGGGGUUACAGGGGGUUACAAGAGGUUACAGGGGGUUACAUGGGGUUACAAGGGGUGACACGGGGUGACAAGGGGUGACAGGGGGUUACAAGGGGUGACAGGGGGUUACAAAGGAUUAUACAAACUUCUUUCUAACUAGAACGUUCCCAGAUACUUUUUCUUGGUCUAUUUUGCAUAAAAAUCAAAGUUGAAGAAAUCUCAAAAUUUUGACCAAAACAAUGGACUACCCCUUGGCAAAAAUUGUCAUUUUCCCUUUUUCAUAAACAGUUGUUUUUAUAGUCUAUAAAGAUUUCUUUUUUAUCUAGAACGUCAGCAAACACUUUUUCUCGAUCUAUUUUUGAUAAACACGAAACAUGAAAAAACUUCAACUUUUUCACCAAAAUCAUGGACUAUCCCCUUUGCAAAAAUCUCAAUUUUGCCUUCUUUUUAAAUCCAUGUUUAUAUUGUCUAGAAAGGCUUGUUUUCUAACGAGAACGUCAGCAAAUACUUUUUCUGGGCUUAUUUUGCAUAACACGAAACGUUCAAAAAAUUUCCAAUUUUUGACCAAAAACAUGGACUAACCCCUUUCGAAAAAUGCUAAUUUUGCGAGUUUUUGAAACCGAUGUUUUCGUUGUUCAGAAAGGCUUGUUUGCUAUAUAAAACGUCGAAAAUCGUUUUUUCACCAUUUAUUGUCGCGAUCUAUGACAUUGGAAUACAGGGGGUUACAAGGGGUUACUAGGGGUUACAAGGGGUUACAGGGGGUUACAAGGGGUUACAAGGGGUUACAAGGGGUGACAGGGGUUACAAGGGGUGACAGGGGGUUACAAGGGGUGACAGGGGGUUACAAAGGAUUAUACAAACUUUUUUCUAACUAGAACGUUCCCACAUACUCUUUCCUGGUCUAUUUUUGCAUAAAAAUCAAAGUUGAAGAAAUCUCAAUAUUUUGACCAAAACAAUGGACUAACCCCUUUGCAAAACUUCUCAUUUUCCGUUUUUCAUAAACAGUUGUUUUUAUAGUCUAUAAAGGCUACUUUUUUAUCUAGAACGUCAGCAAACACUUUUUCUCGAUCUAUUUUUGAUAAACACAAAACAUGAAAAAACUUCAACUUUUUCACGAAAAUCAUGGACUAUCCCCUUUGCAAAAAUCUCAAUUUUGCCUUCUUUUUAAAUGCAUGUUUACAUUGUCUAAAAAGGAUUAUUUUCUAACGAGAACGUCACCAAAUACUUUUUCGGGGUUUAUUUCGCAUAACACGACACGUUCAAAAAAUUUCCAAUUUUUGACCAACACCAUGGACUAACCCCUUUGGAAAAAUGCUAAUUUUGCGGGUUUCUGAAACCGCUGUUUUCGUUGUUCAAAAGGACUUGUGUGGUAUAUAAAACGUCGAAAAUCGUUUUUUCACCAUUUAUUGUCAAGAUCUAUGACAUGGGAAUACAGGGGGUUACAAGGGGCGAAAGGGGGUGACAAGGGGUGACAGGGGGUUACAAAGGAUUAUACAAACUUUUUUCUAACUACAACGUUCCCAGAUACUUUUUCUUGGUCUAUUUUUCAUAAAAAUCAAAGUUGAAGAAAUCUCAAAAGUUUGACCAAAACGAUGGACGAACCCUUUUGCAAAAAUUCUCAUUUUCCGCUUUUCAUGAACAGUUGUUUUUAUAGUCUUUAAAGGCUUCUUUUUUAUCUAGAACGUCACCAAACACUUUUUCUGGAUCUCUUUUUGAUAAACACACAAGAUGAAGAAAGUUCCACUUUUUCACCAAAAUCAUGGACUAUUCCCUUUGCAAAAAUCUCAAUUUUGCCUUCUUUUUAAAUCCAUGUUUAUAUUGUCUAGAAAGGCUUGUUUUCUAACGAGAACGUCACCAAAUACUUUUUCUGGGUUUAUUUUGCAUAACACGAAACGUUCAAAAAAUUUCCAAUUUUUCACGAAAACCAUGGACUAACCCCUUUGGAAAAAUGCUAAUUUUGUGGUUUUUUGAAUCCGAUGUUUUCGUCGUUCAGAAAGGCUUGUUUGCUUUAUAAAACGUCGAACUCGUUUUUUAACCAUUAAUUUUCGCGAUCUAUGACAUGGGAAUACAGGGGGUUACCAGGGGUUACUAGGGGUUACAAGGGGUUACAGGGGGUUACAAGGGGUUACAGGGGAUUACAAGGGGUGAGAGGGGCUGACAAGGGCUUACAGGGGGUUACAAAGGAUUACACAAACUUUUCUCUAACUAGAACGUUCCCAGAUACUUUAUCUUGGUCUAUUUUGAAUAAAAAUCAAAGUUCAAGAAAUCUCAAAAUUUUGACCCAAACAAUGGACUAACUCCUUUGCAAAAAUUCUCAUUUUCCGUUUUUCAUAAACAGUUGUUUUUGUAGUCUAUAAAGACUUCUUUUUCAUCUAGAACGUCAGCAAACACUUUUUCUCGAUCUACUUUUGAUAAACACAAAACAUGAAAAAGCUUCAACUUCUUCACCAAAAUCAUGGACUAUCCCCUUUGCAAAAAUCUCAAUUUUGCCUUCUUUUUAAAUCCAUGUUUAUAUUGUCUAGAAAGGCUUGUUUUGCUAAUUUUGUGGUUUUUUGAAACCGAUGUUUCCGUUGUUCAGAAAGGCUUGUUUGCUAUAUAAAACGUCGAAAAUCGUUUUUUCACCAUUUAUUUUCGCGAUCUACGACAUGGGAAUACAGGGGAUUACAAGGGGUUACUAGGAGUUACAAGGGGUUACAAGGGGUUACAAGGGGUUACAGGGGGUUACAAGGGGUGACAGGGGGUGAAAGAGGUGACAGGGGAUGAAAGAGGUGACAGGGGGUUAAAAAGGAUUAUACAAACUUUUUUCUAACUAGAACGUUCCCAGAUACUUUUUCUUGGUCUAUUUUGCAUAAAAUCAAAGUUGAAGAAAUCUCAAAAUUUUGACCAAAACAAUGGACUAACCCCUUUGGACAAAUUCUCAUUUUCCGUUUUUCAUAAAAAGUUGUUUUUAUAGUCUAGAAAGGGUUCUUUUUUAUCUAGAACGUCAGCAAACACUUUUUCUUGAUCUAUUUUUGAUAAACACAAAAUAUGAAAAAACUUAAACUUUUUCACCAAAAUCAUGGACUAUCCCCUUUGCAAAAAUCUCAAUUUUGCCUUCUUUUUAAAUGCAUGUUUAUAUUGUCUAGAAAGGCUUGUUUUCUAACGAGAACGUCACCAAAUACUUUUCUGGGUUUAUUUUGGAUAACACAAAACGUUCAAAAAAUUUCCAUUUAUUUUCGCGAUCUAUCACAUGGGAAUACAGGGGGUUACAAGGGGUUACUAGGGGUUACAAGGGGUUACAGGGGGUUACAAGGGGUUACAGGGGGUUACAAGGGAUAACAGGGGGUUACAAAGGAUUAUACAAACUUUUUUCUAACUAGAACGUUCGCAUAUACUUUUUCUUGGUCUAUUUUUCAUAAAAAUCAAAGUUGAAGAAUUCUCAAUAUUUUGACCAAACCAAUGGACUAACCGCUUUGCAAAAAUUCUCAUUUUCGGUUUCUCAUAAACAGUUGUUUUUAUAGUCUUUAAACGCUUCUUUUUUAUCUAGAACGUCAGCAAACACUUUUUCUCAAUCUAUUUUUGAUAAACACAAAAUAUGAAAAAACUCCAACUUUUUCACCAAAAUCAUGGACUAUCCCCUUUGCAAAAAUCUCAAUUUUGCCUUCUUUUUAAAUGCAUGUUUAUAUUGUCUAGAAAGGCUUGUUUUCUAACGAGAACGUCACCAAAUACUUUUUCUGGGUUUAUUUUGCAUAACACGAAACGUUCAAAAAAUUUCCAAUUUUUGACCAAAACCAUGGACUAACCCCAUUGGAAAAAUGCUAAGUUUGUGGUUUUUUGAAACCGAUGUUUUCGUUCUUCAGAAUUGCUUGUUUGCUAUAUAAAACGUCCAAAAUCGUUUUUUCACAAUUUAUUUUCGCGAUCUAUGACAUGGGAAUACAGGGGGUUACAAGGGGUUACUAGGGGGUACAAGGGGUUACAGGGGGUUACAAGGGGUUACAGGGGGUUACAAGGGGUGACAGGGGGUGACAAGGAAUGACAGGGGGUUACAAAGGAUUAUACAAACUUUUUUCCAACUACAACGAUCGCAGAUACUUUUUCUUGGUCUAUUUUGCAUAAAAAUCAAAGUAAAAGAAUUCUCAAAAUUUUGACCAAACCAAUGGACUAACCCCUUUGCAAAACUUCUCAUUUUCGGUUUUUCAUAAACAGUUGUUUUUAUAGUCUUUAAAGGCUUCUUUUUUAUGUAGAAUGUCAGCAAACACUUUUUCUCGAUCUAUUUUUGAUAGAAAAAAAACAUGAAAAAACUUCAACUUUUUCACCAAAAUCAUGGACUAUAACCUUUGCAAAAAUCUCAAUUUUGCCUUCUUUUUAAAUGCAUGUUUAUAUUGUCUAGAAAGGCUUGUUUUCUAACGAGAACGUCACCAAAUACUUUUUCUGGGUUUAUUUUGCAUAACACGAAACGUUCAAAAAAUUUCCAAUUUUUGACCAAAACCAUGGACUAACCCCUUUCGAAAAAUGCUAAUUUUGCGAGUUUUUGAAACCGAUGUUUUCGUUGUUCAGAAAGGCUUGUUUGCUAUAUAAAACGUCGAAAAUCGUUUUUUCACCAUUUAUUGUCGCGAUCUAUGACAUGGGAAUACAGGGGGUUACAAGAGGUUACUAGGGGUUACAAGGGGUUACAGGGGGUUACAAGGGGUGACAGGGGGUGACAAGGGGUGACAGGGGGUUACAAAGGAUUAUACAAACUUUUUUCUAACUAGAACGUUCCCAGAUACUUUUUCUUGGUCUAUUUUGCAUAAAAAUCAAAGUUGAAGAAUUCUCAAAAUUUUGACCAAAACAAUGGACUAACCCCUUUGCAAAAAUUCUCAUUUUCCGUUUUUCAUGAACAGUUGUUUUUAUAGUCUUUAAAGGCUUCUUUUUUAUCUAGAACGUCAGCAAACACUUUUUCUCGAUCUAUUGUUGAUAAACACAAAACAUGAAAAAACUUCAACUUUUUUACCAAAAUCAUGGACUAUCCCCUGUGCAAAAAUCUCAAUUUUGACUUCGUUUUAAAUGCAUGUUUAUAUUGUCUAGAAAGGCUUGUUUUCUAACGAGAACGUCACCAAAUACUUUUUCUGGGUUUAUUUUGCAUAACACGAAACGUUCAAAAAAUUUCCAAUUUUUGACCAAAACCAUGGACUACCCCUUUGGAAAAAUGCUAAUUUUGUGGUUUUUUGAAACCGAUGUUAUUGUUGUUCAGAAAGGCUUGUUUGCUACAUAAAAAGUCGCAAAUAGUUUUUUCACCAUUUAUUGUCGCGAUCUAUGACAUGGGAAUACAGGGGGUUACUAGGGGUUACUAGGGGUUACAGGGGGUUACAAGGGGUUACAAGGGGUUACAGGGGGUUACAAGGGGUGACAGGGGGUGACAAGGGAUUAUACAAACUUUUUUCUAACUAGAACGUUCCCAGAUACUUUUUCUUGGUCUAUUUUGCAUAAAAAUCAAAGUUGAAGAAAUCUCAAAAUUUUGACCAAAACAAUGGACUAACCCCUUUGCAAAAAUUCUCAUUUUCCCUUUUUCAUAAACAGUUGUUUUUAUAGUCUAUAAAGGCUUCUUUUUUAUCUAGAACGUAAGCAAACACUUUUUCUCGGUCUAUGUUUGAUAAACACAAAAUAUGAAAAAAACUUCAACUUUUUCACCAAAAUCAUUGACUAUGCCCUUUGCAAAAAUGUCAAUUUUGCCUUCUUUUUAAAUCCACGUUUAUAUUGUCUAGAAAAGUUAUUUUUUUCUAACGAGAACGUCACCAAAUACUUUUUCUGGGUUUAUUUUGCAUAACACGAAACGUUCAAAAAAUUUCCAAUUUUUGACCAAAACCAUGGACUAACCCCUUUGGAAAAAUGCUAAUUUUGUGUUUUUUUUAAACCGAUGUUUUCGUCGUUCAGAAAGGCUUGUUUGCUAUAUAAAACGUGGAAAAUCGUUUUUUCACCAUUUAUUUUCGCGAUCUAUGACAUGGGAAUACAGGAACUUACAACGGGCUACUAGGGGUUACAAGGGGUUAGAGGGGGUUACAAGGGGUUACAUGGGGUUACAAGGGGUGACAGGGGGUGACAAGGGCUGACAGGGGGUUACAAAGGAUUAUACAAACUUUUUUCUAACUAGAACGUUCCCAGAUACUUUUUCUUGGUCUAUUUUGCAUAAAAAUCAAAGUUGAAGAAAUCUCAAAAUUUUGAUCAAAACAAUGGACUAACCCCUUUGCAAAAAUUCUCAUUUUCCGUUUUUCAUAAACAGUUGUUUUUAUAGUCUAUAAAGACUUCUUUUUUAUCUAGAACGUCAGCAAACACUUUUUGUCGAUCUAUUUUUGAUAAACACAAAACAUGAAAAAACUUCAACUUUUUCACGAAAAUCAUGGACUAUCCCCUUUGCAAAAAUCUCAAUUUUGCCUUCUUUUUAAAUCCAUGUUUAUAUUGUCUAGAAAGGCUUGUUUUCUAACGAGAACGUCACCAAAUACUUUUUCUGGGUUUAUUUUCCAUAACACAAAACGUUGAAAAAAAUUUCCAAUUUUUGACCAAAACCAUGGACUAACCCCUUUGGAAAAAUGCUAAUUUUGUGGUUUUUUGAAACCGAUGUUUUCGUUGUUCAGAAAGACUUGUUUGCUAUAUAAAACGUCCAAAAUCGUUUUUUCACCAUUUAUUGUCGCGAUCUAUGACAUGGGAAUAUAGGGGGUUAAAAGGGGUUACUAGGGGUUAGAAGGGGUUACACGGGGUUACAAGGGGUUACAGGGGCUUACAAGGGGUGACAGGGGGUUAAAAGGGGUGACAGGGGAUAACAAAGGAUUAUACAAACUUUUUACUAACUAAAACGUUCCCAGAUACUUUUUCGUGGUCUAUUUUUCAUAAAAAUCAAAGUUGAAGAAAUCUCAAAAUUUUGACCAAAACGAUGGACUAACCCCUUUGCAAAAAUUCUCAUUUUCCCUUUUCCAUAAACAGUUGUUUUUAUAGUCUUUAAAGGCUUCUUUUUUAUCUAGAACGCCAGCAAACACUUUUUCUCGAUCUAUUCUUGAUAAACACAAAAGAUGAAGAAACUUCAACUUUUUCACCAUAAUCAUGGACUAUCCCCUUUGCAAAAAUCUCAAUUUUGCGUUCUUUUUAAAUCCAUGUUUAUAUUGUCUAGAAAGGCUUGUUUUCUAACGAGAACGUCACCAAAUGCUUUUUCUGGGUUUAUUUUGCAUAACACAAAACGUUGAAAAAAAUUUCCAAUUUUUGACCAAAACCAUGGACUAACCCCUUUGGAAAAAUGCUAAUUUUGUGGUUUUUUGAAACCGAUGUUUUCGUUGUUCAGAAAGACUUGUUUGCUAUAUAAAACGUCCAAAAUCGUUUUUUCACCAUUUAUUGUCGCGAUCUAUGACAUGGGAAUAUAGGGGGUUAAAAGGGGUUACUAGGGGUUAGAAGGGGUUAGAAGGGGUUACAAGGGGUUACAGGGGCUUACAAGGGGUGACAGGGGGUUACAAGGGGUGACAGGGGAUAACAAAGGAUUAUACAAACUUUUUACUAACUAGAACGUUCCCAGAUACUUUUUCUUGGUCUAUUUUUCAUAAAAAUCAAAGUUGAAGAAAUCUCAAAAUUUUGACCAAAACAAUGGACUAACCACUUUGCAAAAAUUCUCAUUUUCCGUUUUUCAUAAACAGUUGUUUUUAUAGUCUUUAAAGGCUUCUUUUUUAUCUAGAACGUCAGCAAACACUUUUUCUCGAUCUAUUCUUGAUAAACACAAAACAUGAAAAAACUUCAACUUUUUCACCAAAAUCAUGGACUAUCCCCUUUGCAAAAAUCUCAAUUUUGCCUUCUUUUUAAAUCCAUAUUUAUACUGUCUAGAAAGGCUUGUUUUCUAACGAGAACGUUACCAAAUACUUUUUCUGGGUUUAUUUUGCAUAACACGAAACGUUCAAAAAAUUUCCAAUUUUUGACCAAAACCAUGGACUAACCCCUUUGGAUAAAUGCAAAUUUUGUGGGUUUUUAAAACCGACGUUUUCCUUGUUUAGAAAGGCUUGUUUGGUAUAUAAAACGUCGAAAAUCGUUUUUUCACCAUUUAUUGUCGAUAUCUAUGACAUGGGAAUACAGGAGGUUACCUGGGGUUCCUAGGGGUUACAAGGGGUUACAGGGGGUUACAAGGGGUUACAAGGGGUUACAGAGGGUUACAAGGGGUGACAUGGGGUGACAAGGGGUGACAGGGGGUUACAAAAAAUUAUACAAACUUUUUUCUAACUAGAACGUUCCCAGAUCCUUUUUUUUGGUCUAUUUUGCAUAAAUAUCGAGGUUGAAGAAAUCUCAAAAUUUUGACCAAAACGAUGGACUAACCCCUUUUGCAAAAAAUCUAAUUUGGAUUUUUCAUAAACAGUUGUUUUUAUAGUCUUUAAAGGCUUCUUUUUUAUCUAGAACGUCAGCAAACACUUUUUCUCGCUCUAUUUUUUAUAAAAAAACAAAAGAUGAAAAAACUUCAACUUUUUGACCAAAAUCAUGGAUUAUAUCCCCUUUGCAAAAAUGUCAAUUUUGCCUUCUUUUUAAAUCCAUGUUUACAUUAUCUAGAAAGGCUUGUUUUCUAACGAGAAAGUCACCAAAUACUUUUUCUGGGUUUAUUUUGCAUAACACGAAACGUUCAAAAAAUUUCCAAUUUUUGACCAAAACCAUGGACUAACCCCUUUGGAAAAAGGCUAAUUUUCCGGGUUUUUAAAACCGACGUUUUCGUUGUUCAGAAGGACUUGUGUGGUAUAUAAAACGUCGAAAAUCGUUUUUUCACCAUUUAUUGUCGCGAUCUAUGACAUGGGAAUACAGGGGGUUACAAGGGGUUACAAGGGGUUACAGGGGGUUACAAGGGGUUACAAGGGGUUACAGGGGGUUACAGGGAGUUACAAGGGGUUACAGGGGGUUACAAGGGGUUACAGGGGGUUACAAGGGGUGACAGGGGGUGACAAGGGGUGACAGGGGGUUAGAAAGGAUGAUACAAACUUUUUUCUAACUAGAACGUUCCCAGAUACUUUUUCUUGGUCUAUUUUCCAUAAAAAUCAAAGUUGAAGAAAUCUCAAUAUUUUGACCAAAACAAUGGACUAACCCCUUUGCAAUAAUUCUCAUUUUCCGUUUUUCAUAAACAGUUGUUUUUAUAGUCUAUAAAGGCUUCUUUUUUAUCUAGAACGCCAGCAAACACUUUUUGUCGAUCUAUUUUUGAUAAACACAAAACAUGAAAAAACUUCAACUUUUUCACCAAAAUUAUGGACUAUCCCCUUGGCAAAAAUCUCAAUUUUGCCUUCUUUUUAAAUCCUUGUUUAUAUUGUCUAGAAAGGCUUGUUUUCUAACGAGAACGUCACCAAAUACUUUUUCUGGGUUUAUUUUGCAUAACACGAUGUGUUCAAAAAAUUUCCAAUUUUUGACCAAAACCAUGGACUAACCCCUUUGGAAAAAUGCUAAUUUUGUGGUUUUUUGAAACCGAUGUUUUCGUUGUUCAGAAAGGCUUGUUUGCUAUCUAAAACGUCGAAAAUCGUUUUUUCACCAUUUAUUGUCGCGAUCUAUGACAUGGGAAUACAGGGGGUUACAAGGGGUUACUAGGAAUUACAAGGGGUUACAGGGGGUUACAAGGGGUUACAGGGGGUUAUAACGGGUGAAAGGGGGUGACAAGGGGUGACAGGGCGUUACAAAGGAUUAUACAAACUUUUUUCUAACUAGAACGUUCCCAGAUCCUUUUUUGGUCUAUUUUGCAUAAAAAUUAAAGUUGAAGAAAUCUCAAAAUUUUGACCAAAACGAUGGACUAACCCCUUUUGCAAAAAAUCUAAUUUUGUGUUUUUCAUAAACAGUUGUUUUUAUAGUCUUUAAAGGCUUCUUUUUUAUCUAGAACGUCAGCAAACACUUUUUCUCGCUCUAUUUUUUAUAAAAAAACAAAAUAUGAAAAAACUUCAACUUUUUGACCAAAAUCAUGGCCUAUAUCCCCUUUGCAAAAAUGUCAAUUUUGCCUUCGUUUUAAAUCCAUGUUUACACUGUCUAGAAAGGCUUUUUUUCUAACGAGAACGUCACCAAAUACUUUUUCUGGGUUUAUUUUGCAUAACACGAAACGUUCAAAAAAUUUCCAAUUUUUGACCAAAACCAUGGACUAACCCCUUUCGAAAAAUGCUAAUUUUGUGGUUUUUUAAAACCGAUGUUUUCGUUGUUCAGAAAGGCUUCUUUGCUAUAUAGAACGUCGAAAAUCGCUUUUUCACCAUUUAUUUGCGCGAUCUAUUACAUCGGAAUACAGGGGUUUACAAGGGGUUACUAGGGGUUACAGGGGGUUACAAGAGGUUACAAGGGGUUACAGGGGGUUACAAGGGGUGACACGUGGUGAGAAGGGGUGACAGGGGGUUACAAAGGAUUAUACAAACUUUUUUUAACUAGAACGUUCCCAGAUACUUUUUCUUGGUCUAUUUUGCAUAAAAAUCAAAGUUGAAGAAAUCUCAAUAUUUUGACCAAAACAAUGGACUAACCCUUUGCAAAAAUUGUCAUUUUCCGUUUUUCAUAAACAGUUGUUUUUAUAGUCUAUAAAGGCUUCUUUUUUAUCUAGAACGUCAGCAAACACUUUUUCUCGAUCUAUUUUUGAUAAACACAAAACAUGAAAAAACUUCAACUUUUUCCCCACAAUCAUGGACUAUCCCCUUUGCAAAAAUCUCAAUUUUGCCUUCUUUUUAAAUCCAUGUUUAUAUUGUCUAGAAAGGCUUGUUUUCUAACGAGAACGUCACCAAAUAAUUUUUCUGCGUUUAUUUUGCAUAACACGAAACGUUCAAAAAAUUUCCAAUUUUUGACCAAAACCAUGGACUAACCCCUUUGGAUAAAUGCUAAUUUUGUGGUUUUUUGAAACCGAUAUUUCGUUGUUCAGAAAGGUUUGUUUGCUAUAUAAAACGUCGAAAAUCGCUUUUUCACCAUUUAUUGUCGCGAUCUAUGACAUGGGAAUACAGGGGGUUACAAGGGGUUACUAGGGGUUACAAGGGGUUACAGGGGGUUACAAGGGGUUACAGGGGGUUACAAGGGGUGACAGGGGGUGACAAGGGGUGACAGGGGGUUACUUAACAAUUAUUCCACGAGGGCGCGUUGGAUAUGAGAUGAUAGAUAGCCAACGAGGCGCAUAGCGCCGAGUUGGCUAUAAUCAUUUCAUAUCCAACAAGCCCGAGUGGAAUAAUUGUUUUAUUAAAAACGCCCACAAAAUCUCGUUGAAUUGCCCCGACUAGAACAAACCGGAAAAGACAAGGGACUUCCGCUAUUGACAUGUCACACGUCUAUCAAAACUGUCAACGCGCGAACGGACUCGCCUAGACUGCAUGAAUGAAAAAUCAAAACAUUGUAGGGAUGAACAUUACUUUUUUAAAAUCUCAUCGUGAUUCUAGGAUUUUACACAGCAGAACAGCUUAAAAAACCUGGCAGAUAAUGUGAAGGAAAGGAAUUUUUAAGUGACAGCCGUCGAAAUUACUAUGAAUUUGGAUUUUCGGUGCAGUUAUAAAAGUGAGAACAACGGAGAAAAACUACCGGUAUUACCUCGGUCGCUUGUUAUGAAGUUGUUUGAAGCCACAAGCUGGUUUUGCUGAACGAGAAAAGAAGCUAUACUGCCGCCUCGAUUGCUCUAGUUAAUGGCUGCAUAGCCUGUAUUUGUAGCUGGUUACUUGUGAUUUACAUUCUUGAUGUCGGAUAAACAAGCUGCAGUUAUCUAUCGGCGAGUGACUUGAUCGGCAAAUGGCUUCGCGAUCAUGAAGAAACAACACUUGUCUUCUUUCGUAGCUGGUCAAGGUACUUUAGUUCCAUGUGUUUUCAUGUGUUUUUCGACAAACUUUCAGACAAGCUCUUGUGGCUUUUUUGUUUGUUUUUGUCUUUUUUCUUGCGCUGAAAUUGCAUUUCUAGUAUUCUAAGAAAUGAAUUAAAACGAUUUGCUUCGGGCGCCGUUCUAUCCUUCGCGAAAAAAAAAUCUCAGCUAGCUUCCAAUUUUAAACUGACGCGUACACCGACCAUAUAUGGAGAACAUGGUAUAUUAGCUCAUAUACCAUAACGGCUAAGCCAAUCAAAAUGCUAGAAUUGCAUUAUCCAAUGAUUCAGUUUUUAAUAAAAAGGAUUAUACAAACCUUUUUCUAACUAGAACGUUCCCAGAUACUUUUUCUUGGUCUAUUUUGCAUAAAAAUCAAAGUUGAAGAAAUCUCAAAAUUUUGACCAAAACAAUGGACUAACCCCUUUGCAAAAAUUCUCAUUUUCCGUUUUUCAUAAACAGUUGUUUUUAUAGUCUAUAAAGGCUUCUUUUUUAUCUAGAACGUCAGCAAACACUUUUUCUCGAUCUAUUUUUGAUAAACACAAAACAUGAAAAAACUUCAACUUUUUCACCAAAAUCAUGGACUAUCCCCUUUGCAAAAAUCUCAAUUUUGCCUUCUUUUUAAAUCCAUGUUUAUAUUGUUUAGAAAGGCUUGUUUUCUAACGACAACGUCACCAAAUACUUUUUGUGGGUUUAUUUUGCAUAACACGAAACGUUCAAAAAUUUUUCAAUUUUUGACCACAACCAUGGACUAACCCCUUUAAAAAAAUGCUAAUUUUCUGGUUUUUUGAAACCGAUGUUUUCGUUGUUCAAAAAGGCUUGUUUGCUAUAUAAAACGUCGAAAAUCGUUUUUUCACCAUUUAUUUUCGCGAUCUAUGACAUGUGAGUACAGGGGGUUACAACGGAUUACUAGGGGUUACAAGGAGUUACAGGGGGUUACAAGGGGUUACAAGGGGUUACAGGGGGUUACAAGGGGUGACAGGGGGUGACAAGGGGUGA